AUUUCCAAAACAAACAAAAUGGCGGCGCACAUGAGAUGGGGUCUUCACCAGUUGUUCCGUGCAAGAAAUACGGCUCAUUUUAGAAGUUUAUACAACUCACAGUCCACGACCCGCAGCUUCAGAAGAGCUCAGCUGCAGCCCAGGACAGGAACCACACACUUCUCAACAAGACCCUUGUCCAUCCAAACUCAAGACACUCCAAACCCCAGAAGCUUGAAGUUUCUUCCUGGCAAACCUGUCCUUGGAAGUGGGACACUUGACUUUCCUUCUCCAAGCUCAGCUGGAGCUUCAUCCUUAGCCAGGGACUUGUUUGAAAUUGAAGGCGUGAAAAGUGUGUUCUUUGGCCCUGACUUCAUCACAGUCACUAAAACUGAUGAAGAUGUGGAGUGGACAGACAUUAAACGCAACGCUUUGGAAGCCAUUGCCAAGUUCUUUGAGAGUGGGGACCCGAUAACAACAGGCGCAGUGCACCAUGAAAGCAGUCUUUCUGAAGAUGAUGAUGACAUUGUGUCUAUGAUAAAAGAGCUUCUGGACACCAGAAUCAGACCUACAGUGCAGGAGGAUGGAGGCGAUGUCAUCUUUAAGGGUUUUGAGAACGGCACAGUCAAGUUGAAGCUGGUUGGUUCCUGCACAGGAUGUCCAAGCUCGACGGUCACCCUGAAGAACGGCAUUCAGAACAUGAUGCAGUUUUAUAUCCCUGAGGUAGACAAGGUGGAGCAGGUGGAAGAUGAAGUGGAUGAGAUCAAUGCAAAGGUUUUCACCGAACUGGAACGCAAACUGCAGGAAUAAAAAAUUCCUUGACCAACAUACCUUUGAACUUUGUAAGAGGAAAAUGCUUCAAUGUGGAAAACUCGGCCAUGCAUUGUUCCAAGAAAUAACCAUUCUACACCGUAUGAAGAGAAAAAAUGAUUUCCUGCUGUUUUGUGUGCAUACGCUAUACUGUUUAGAAUUCACUUUAUAUGUAUAUACUGCACGCGCCUACUACCAAGAAAAGAAAAUAUACUGUAUACUGCAUGCAGAAAGUGCAGUCAUUUUCCCGUCUAAAUGAAAAAGUUUAGCUGAAAUGGCUGUAAAUGUUGUGUUAUAUUUAUUUCUUAUGAAUGUUUUAUAUUUUGAAAGAAUAUUUUCUUAAGAUGAAGAUAUUUGGAAUGUCAAUGACACUGGUUCAGGUCAUGCAGAACCAAGUUUUGAAGAAGCUUCAGAAGAAGUUUUGAUAAGUAUUGCAGUUGUUGCUGUAUUAUUCCUAAAGAAACACAACUGAACAGUUUUUGCUUGUUAAUGUGUCAUGCACAAAUGAAGUUAUGUUAUUGUUAUUGAGGCUCCAAUUUAUUGAGUAGAAAUAGGCUUACACUCUAACACCUUACGUAUACUGUAUUAAUGUAUUUUGUGCUUCACUCCAAAGAUUUACUGUAUCACAUUAAAAUUCAUAGUUUGAUAACUA